CGCUAGAUCAAUCUGUGUUGGGACGCGAGCUGGUUAAUACAUAGCCAAAUCGGUCGCCAAAUAAUCGAUCACGUGGAAACAGUGACUGCUAACAGUUGCGCACGUUUAAGUGCAUUUAAAUCCAUCGCCAUUCCACGGUUGUGAUAAAGUGUGCGGACUAUAAUAGUGAGUAAAUCAACCCGCCGUAGAAUGGGCAACGUGAUGGACAAGGUCAAAAGUCCGAUCCAAGCGAUGCGUGGCAAGAAACGUAAACGCGAAGAUGAUAACUCGGACACCAAUGAGGAGAUCAACGAUUUGCUCGACAGAUCACUCGCUACCCCCAAACGGAAGAAGCUUAUUUCGACGGCCAAGUACAUCUACCAGGCGUUGUUCAAGGAGGAACGCAACUCGGACAUUACGGUGCAUGCCCUCGGGAAGGUGUGGCACCUGCACAAGGUCUACCUAAGCCAGAGUCCCUACUUUGCGAGUAUGUUCAACGGAUCGUGGCGGGAAGCGGACGAGGAUUACGUUCACAUUGAGAUUGUGGACCCGAAAAUAUCCAUUGAAUCUCUGUUCUCAGUGUUCGGGUCGCUAUACAUGGAUGAGGUCGUGCUGGAACCCAGGGAGAUUGUGUCGAUUUUGGCCACGGCCACACUCUUUCAGUUGGACAGUUUGAUCGAUCGAUGCGCGGAGGUGAUGAUUGAGACGACCAAUGCGGAGACGGCAGUUAAAUAUUACGAAGCCGCUUGCGAGUAUGGUGUGAAGAGUGUAAAACAAUCCACCUUCAAUUGGUUGCUGGUGAACCUGUUGAGUUUGUACUACAAAACCGGCAAGUGGUUACGGUUGAUUAGCGUCGAGCUGAUGGAACUGCUGGUGGCCAGUCCAGAUCUGUAUGUGAUGCAGACCGAGCUAUCGCUCUAUACGCUGCUGAGGUAUUGGAUGUACUUGAAGUUGCACCUGGGGGGAGAGGAGCUCGGUGCAUCGGACGAGCAGCUGCAGUAUUUUGCUAACCGACAGAGUUCGGUGGCAUUCUUGAAUACGCCCAAGGGAAGGCAAUUCGAAAAGUGCUUCCGAGCGUUGAGAUUGCACAAUUUACUUAAUCACCAUGUAGAUAUAAGGGUACUGAAGCAGGAUAAUAUUGUAUCUGUGGAAUGGAUGUAUGAGCCUCUGUUCCAGCAGUGGACUAGCAUGCUAUUGAUUGACCAAUCGCUGGACAAGGGACCGAAGGAUGUAGACGAGAAAUUGUUCUUGGAUACUUGCAUACGAUGUGGAAGAACCCUUCCGGAAAAUGAAUAUCUGAAGUGGCGAUGGACGGGAUUUAAUUUUGGACUGGACCUGAUCCUGAUAUCGGAUACAAAAACUCUGCGAGUAAAGCGACAUCAUCGAACGGAGAACGAACGGCUGCUAAGUCUGCAGGUAAAACGACAAUUCCUGAUCCGUGUAUCGUUAACUUCCCUCAACGACCUGCGGCAGAUCAAGCACCAGCAGACGACACCGAUCCAGACGAUAUCGUUGGAUAAGAACGAAGAAGCGAUGCUGAUUAUGUUUGACAAGGAGCUCACCUACCCGCUACUGAUUUCCGUCAACAUGCUAGUGGUGUCACCUCCGCGAACGAAUUCCAACCCAUCGGGCGCCAUUGGAUCUCCCACAGCAGGUCCGUCCAGUUCACGGCAGUCGCAUCGAGACGAGGAAGAAUCCCUGGGUGCUGGUGGAAACAAUACCGCAGUGGAUUCAUGAUUACACACCAUUCGUGUCAAGCGGGUUCGCCGCCCACCUCGACGCUUUGGAGGUGGUACACCGGGAUGUUAAAAUGUACUGGAAGAGGCCAAUGUACUCUCGACUCCCGUUAUCUACCAGAGUUGCGGAUUUGUGGGUGGUUGUCAGCUGUUUUCAAAGCGGCCAUUAUUUCUCGUACGUUUCUUAUCGUGCAAAUUUGUGUGUCAGCGACACAAUUAUUUAACACUGUCGUUACGCACAGAUAAGAAAAGAAAACUAACAGCGAUAAGGUCACAGAAUCCAUCGAUAUUUUGGCCGAUUCGAUGUGUUGGUAUGUCUGUCCCAUCAUCUUCGCGCAGCUUGCUAGCUCACAUCCAGUGUCUUAUUCCGUAACUAGGACCGCGAAGAAUUUAAUGCUAUAGAUGAAGUUUAUUUUUUAUAUGGAGUAUGUACAAUACGUGGUUUGAAUUUUGUUACUAAAAUUGCCAUUUUUAUUGAAAAUCAUCUUCUGAAAUAUAACGUAAGAAUUUGCUAAUAUUUGAACUUUCCAACUAACGAGUAAGGUAUUUUGUCUAAAUUUCUUCUGGACGAAUCGUAUUUUUUUGCAAGCAAUGCCAUCGCUUGGUUAUCAUCAUUUCAAACUCUACAAUUUUGUUGAUGGAUUAUACGCUGUCAAAGUUUAAUAUAUUUGCUCGUUCCAUGUUCCUUAAAAUAAUUACAGAAAGUUUGAAUACCUGAAAUUAUUGGAAUUCCCAUUUAUAUGUGAAAAAAAUAUUCAUCUUCGUGAAAUACACAUACUUUCAGGUUGUUAAUAAUUUCCGUACUUCGGGCUUAGCUUAUACUCAAUUUUCACAGUCCUUCAAAACAAUAAUUUCUCGUAUCCAACGACGUUACCCAAAAUCUCCUAAUGGUAAGACUAAAGCACCGCCAUAAUUAACCUACCCGUACAUUAAAAUAAACAGUUCAUUGUGAAUUAAUAAAGAAAUCUAACUAAUCCUUUUGAAAUACCCAGUAGGUGAACUAUUGAAUAAAAGAUCAAAUUAAGUGAUUGUAAACGUUCAUUUACUAUUAACAAUCAAAAAUAACGAUAAGGCGCGCGAGAUAGGAUAUAUUUACUUAAUUAAUUUAUUAACUCAUAGGACUUAAAAGUGCGCUGAAUUCUUCCAUCUUGUAUUGCUUGAAGUUGAUGGGAACGAAAAAGGUAUGAACUGAUUAUAUUUUUCCGCAGUUUUGCGUUCGUUCGAUCGUAAGGCAAUAGCAAAUAGAUUUACCGACGCAAGGUAGCACUAGGUUAUAUUAAAAUGUAAAAGAACGUAUAAUCGAAAAUAACACUGCUUCC